AUGAGCGCGGGCAUGGGCGGCUUCUGGCCGGAGCCGUGGCUGCCGCGGUCGCUCGGCUCCCCGGGCCUGGCCCUCGCCGCGGCCCUGCUGCUGAUGGUCUUGUGCCUGAGAGCGCGGCGCACCAGGAGACGUGGUGAGCCUCCAUUGAUAAAAGGCUGGCUUCCUUACUUUGGACAGGCCCUGAAAUUACAAAAAGAUCCUCUGGGUUUUAUGACUUCUCUUCAAAAGCAGUAUGGUGACAUUUUCACUCUUCUCCUUGGAGGAAAGUACAUAACAUUUAUCCUGGAUCCUUUCCACUACACAUCAGUUGCAAAAAAUCAGAAAUUAAGCUUUCAAAUAUUUACUGAUAAAUUCUUAAAGAGAGUAUUUUCUAUCAAAAAGAUGACAACAGAUUCUGACCUCAUCGACGAGAUUCAUAGUACCUAUCAAUUUUUACAAGGGAAGCAUUUAGACAUACUGAUGGAAAGCACAAUGCAGAAUCUAAAACAAGUUUUUGAACCCCAACUUUUAAAAACCACAAGUUGGAGCACAGAACAUUUGUUGCCAUUCUGCAACUCAGUAAUAUUUGAAAUGACAUUUACAACCAUAUAUGGAAAUGUUCUUGCUAAUGAUAAUAAAACAUUUAUUACUGAGUUAAAAAAUGACUUUUUAAAAUUUGAUGAAAAAUUCACACGUUUAGCAUCAGGCAUACCCAUUGAGCUUCUAGGAAACAUCAAGUCUGUUCGAACUAAACUUAUAAAAGAUUUGACAAUAGAAAGCUUAGCUAAGUUACAAGGACUGUCUGAAGUUGUUCAAAGAAGGAAUGAUAUCCUGGAGAAAUACUAUAUGCCCAAGGACCCUGAAAUAGGAGCACAUCAUUUAGGCUUGCUCUGGGCCUCUGUGACAAACACUGUUCCAACCAUGUUCUGGGCAAUGUAUUACCUUCUACGGCACCCGAAAGCUAUGGCUGUGCUGCGUGACGAAAUUGACCAUUUGCUGCAGUCAACAGGUCAAAAGAAAGGGCCCGGAUUUUCCAUCUACCUCACCAGAGAACAAUUGGACAGCCUGGUCUACCUUGAAAGUACCAUUCUCGAGGUUUUGCGACUCUGCUCCUUUUCUGGCAUCUUUCGUUUCGUUCAAGAGGACUUGACACUUCAUUUAGAGAGCCAGGACUGCUGUCUGCGAAAGGGAGACUUUGUCGUCAUCUUUCCUCCCGUCUUACACCACGACCCCGAAAUCUUUGAAGCUCCAGAUGAGUUUAGGUUUGAUCGUUUUACAGAAAAUGGUAAGAAGAAAACUGCCUUUUUUAAAAGAGGGAAAAAGCUGAAGUAUUACCACUUGCCAUUUGGACUGGGAGUCAGCAAAUGUCCAGGCCGAUUUUUGGCCAUGGUUGAAAUAAAGCAAUUGUUGGUUGUGCUUUUAACUUACUUUGAUUUAGAAAUAAUUGAUAAUAAGUCCUUAGAACUAAACUAUAGCCGCUUUUUGUUUGGUAUUCCUUACCCAGACUCUGAUGUUUUAUUUAGGUACAAAAUAAAAUCUUAA